AUGCGUCUCCUGCUAUCUGUUCUCCUCCUCCUGGUCGCCUCGCUCGGCCUGGUAUCCGCCGUCCCCGCAGGCUCCAGUAUCACACCUCCGCCGCCCAUUGAACCUAUCCAUUUGUUAUCGUCCCCAUCUACUGACUCCAGACGACCAUGGAUCCGAGUCCGAGAUUGGGUCAUAGAGUCCAUCUGGGGCAUUCCCAAAUCCCCCUCGCGUCAACGCUCCUUUAAAGAUUCUUCGCGCAACCGCUCUCCCUCCCGAUCGCUUGCUCGGUAUGGCAGCGAUGUCGUCCUUCGUUUCCACCUGCGCAAUGCCGAAGAGGCAGAGGCAUUGGCUGAAGCGACUGAUGUCCUCUUCCUGGAUGUCUGGGCUUCCACAUCUGAAUUUGUUGAUAUUCGAUUAGCGGAAGAAGUUAUCCCCUCGUUACUGGGCCUGUUGCCCGAUUCGCUUCGGACCGCGUACACUCCCCUUAUUGACAACCUUGCUGAAAUGAUAUACGCAUCUUACCCGACUCGACGCCGUAUUGGACUUGAGGAUCAGCCUGGAUUCAUCCCCUCGGUGCGACAGUCGGCUCAGUUUGAAGAUCUGUUCUUCCGCGACUAUCAACCUCUGUCGGUUAUCGUUCCAUGGAUGCGGCUGAUGGCUUCGAUGUUCCCAUCUCAUGUCCAGAAGAUUAGUGUCGGGGUGUCGUACGAAGGCCGGGAAAUCCCGGCCCUUCGACUAGGGACCCGCGGUACGACCGCCGACUCCAGCCCUCGCAAGACCAUCCUUGUCGUCGGUGGCAGUCAUGCGCGAGAAUGGAUCAGUACCUCGACCGUCACCUAUGUCGCAUACAGUCUCAUCAACAGAUACGGCAAAUCGCAGGAAGUUACCCGCCUCCUGGAGGACUACGACUGGGUCUUUGUGCCGACGCUGAACCCGGACGGCUACGUCUACACCUGGGAAUCAGAUCGCCUAUGGCGCAAGAACCGCCAGCACACGAGCCUGCAUUUCUGUCCCGGCAUCGACCUCGACCGCGCCUGGGAGUUCGAAUGGGACGGGGAGCGCACCCGGCCGAACCCGUGCUCCGAGAACUACGCGGGCAACGAGCCGUUCGAAGGCACGGAAGCCCACCAACUGGCGCAGUGGGCGCUCAACGAGACGCACGCCAACAACGCCCAGAUCGUCGGCUUCCUCGACCUCCACUCCUACUCCCAGCAGAUCCUCUACCCUUUCUCCUUUUCCUGCUCUUCCAUCCCGCCCACGCUGGAGAGCCUCGAAGAGCUAGGCAUGGGCCUCGCAAAGGUCAUCCGCCUGACCACCCACGAAAUCUACGACGUCACCUCCGCCUGCGAAGGGACCGUCCCCACGGACCACCGGAGCCCCCCCGGGAAAGGGAAAUCCGCCUUCCCCACCGGCGGCAGCUCAGGCGGCAGCGCCCUGGACUGGUUCUACCACCAGCUGCACACAAACUACGCCUACCAGAUCAAACUGCGCGACCGCGGGAGCUACGGCUUCCUCCUGCCGUCAGAGUACAUCGUGCCUACCGGUCGGGAGAUCUACAAUGUCGUUCUGACGUUCGGCAAGUUCCUCCUCGGCGAUCUCGCACAGGGCGUGGGUCUGGACUGGGACGCCGAACUGCAGCGCACGGAGCGUGCCGCUCCGGUAUCCCAAGGCGCAGAGCCAGCGUCAGCCACGCAGCAAGUCCUGCACGCGGAUUCCGAAGAUGAGGAGACGGAGUGGGUCGAGGAAGCGCGAUGGGAGUUUCGACGGCGAUAG